CUCUCUCUCUCUCUCUCUCUCUCUCGAUAAAGUCAAAAUCCAGUCUCCCAAAUGAAAACCCAAAUCCAGCUGGGGUAGAAGGAGAAGAAAUGAGUGGAAAGGGAGCAAGCUGAGAUCAUUCUCUGUUGUUUUCUCUCUGUUCUUCUUCUUCUUCUUCUUCUUCUUCUUCUCUCUCUCAAUCUCAGUGUCUGUGUGUGAAAGAAAGAAAAGUUGGGUUGCUGGAAGUUAUACAUUGAGUAGGAGUAGAAAUAGAAAGAAAGAAAGAAAGAAAGAAGAGAUGCCAAGGCCAGGCCCACGGCCAUACGAGUGCGUUAGGCGAGCAUGGCACAGCGAAAGGCACCAGCCCAUGAGAGGCUCUCUCAUCCAAGAGAUCUUCAGGGUCGUGAAUGAGACUCACAGCUCCGCCACUAAGAAGAACAAAGAAUGGCAGGAGAAGCUCCCGCUUGUCGUCUUGAAGGCUGAAGAAAUCAUGUAUUCCAAAGCCAAUUCUGAGGCAGAGUAUAUGGACCUUAAAACGCUUUGGGAGCGGACGAAUGAUGCCAUUAAUACGAUAAUCCGGAGAGAUGAGAGCAGCGAAAGCGGGGAGCUUUUGCAGCCUUGUAUUGAAGCUGCUCUUAAUCUGGGUUGCAUUCCCAGAAGGGCCUCGCGGAGUCAACGGCAUAAUAAUCCAAGGUGUUAUCUUAGUUCCACGGCACAAGAAGCUACUCAAAUGUCUGUUGCUCCCAAGAACUCUGAGACCGUACAAUAUGAUGGAUCCUCUCGUUUGCUUCCUCCACGCUUUGGAAUCCCCGUUCCGAAUUCAAGUUCCCAAUUUGGAUCUUAUUACCCAUCCCUUGUAACACCCACGAAUGUAAAUUCAACCCAUUUGGGUUCGGAUUCUUGCAGCCCCAUUCUUCAGGAUAAAACCACGCCUCAUGAACAGAUGAAUCACCCACCUAUGUCUUCUUGUGAAUUCCCUCUUUUGCCGGAGAAUUUUGCUAUCUCUUGGCAAGAUAAAUCAUUUCCUAUGGAUUCCUCACCGAGAUUGGGGGGUGUGUAUCCCUUGUCUUAUAGCACCAACCAUCAGAUGGUGGAAUCGGGGUUUGCUUUUCAAUAUCCACAAGGUUCAAACAGUGAUGCAAUUAUGGUCAGUAUGCCACAUGUCCAGCCCAUCCCAGAGGCUGAAACGGGUUUCUUGCAGAACCUCCUCAGUGGCAAUAAUGCUCUAGAUGCCUCAAACAGGCCUGCUAGUGGGUCUUUGAAUUUGGAGAGCACAUCGGAGAAUCCACCAGAUAUGGGAUAUGACCUAUCAUUGCGAUUGGGGCCUCUGCCAACUCCAUGUUUAAGUGUGGAAAAUAGUCCGACUCAUGAAGAUGCAGGUUCCAGUUCUCGUGACAGGAGCAGGUUAUGCGACCCGUCUCUGAGUAGAAUGAAGACUGGUCACUUUGACUGUUCUUCCUCAUCUCCAACUCAAAGAGAUCAAAGGUUCUGUUUCUUCCCAGGUGAAUCAUCCAGGACCCCUUGGAGUGCAGCUCAAGUAAAUGGAGUUUCCAGGGGGAAGAUCUGAAUCUCGAUGCGCCAGUUAGAAAAUGCAAGACCUUCAAUAGUUCCAUUUAGUUUUUUUUGGUAGAAGCCAAGGCCUUCAGCAGUCCAGUUUUUUGGUAGAAGAAAGGGGUCAAGUUCAUGGGAAGGCCACGGUAAUUAUGUUCUCUUGUAUCUUCAGAUGAAUUUCGAAGAAGCUCCAACGCUUCUUUGUGACCUUGUUGUAUUAGUUCACAUGCACAAAGUGUAAAUAGCUGCUCAAUUCUAGGUUUAAUUAUGUUAGUUUCCUUGUUGUAGCUUCGGCUUCAGUUUGUUGGUAGUUCGUUAUAUCAUGUAUAAAGAUGUCGAUGGUUUUAAAACUCAUUUAAACUAAGUUGACU